GGUGGCAUAAUUGAUGCCAUGUGGUUCCGAGACGAUAGGCGGCGGAGGAUCCGCGUGAACAGACAUGGUUAGUAUCUGCUGCGAUUAUGAUGCUGGUGUUAGGCUGGGCGUGUCGUUGGAGAGAAGCACGCAGGCGCUUGCUUGCUUUGGCAUGUUAUUUUGUUUACCCACGCUUCCGGCACAGCAACCGACCCGGCUCAACACGCCGACCGCCGACCACCGACCGCCGACCGCCGACCAAGAAACCCGGCUGCGUCAUUUUGGUGCCUGUUGUUGACUCCGCGACAAUUGCUUGUUGCUGCCAAACACUUCAUGCAGUCUUUCAAUGUCGUUGACCUUCAAACUUGCCUCUCUGGUCAUUCGUACCGUCGCCAAACCCAUAGGAAACCGAAUCAAGCAAUCCGCCAGAGAACAUGACACCUUCCGUCGAUACUGUGUGAGCUUUGCUCAGGGCCUCCAUCGCAUAGAUAUGCGUAUGCGACUGGGAAUCUUACACGAUGCCGCCGCACAAGAACGUAUGCACGCUCGAGAAGCCGCAGAGGCUGCCGCCAAAAAGAGACAGACCGAAACACCGACUGUCAGGACCGAAGCCCAGCAGAAAGCAGACGAUAUGGCUGCCGCAGAUCUAAAAGAUAAGGAGAGUAAAGCACCACCGAAACCCAGGAUUCGCCCACUCUCAGAGUCAAGGGCCAUUGAGCUAGGCGCGAACUUCCUCUCAGAGUCUUUCAUCUUCGGCGUGGCCGUGGGCUUGCUCGUUUGGGACCAAUGGCGUACGAGGAGGAAGGAGAACACGCGGAGAGAGGGUAUUGAUGACCGUUUGGAAGCAUUGGAAGAUCACACUCGCCAGAUCGUUCAACUCCAAUCGGAGGUGGAUCGACUCAAGACGAAAUACGAACCGCUCUCAAAUCCUGCAGAACCCGGCAGCGUUAUUGAGACGAAGCCUGCAACGAUCGAUACCGUCCAAUCGCACGCUCCUACUAGGCAAGCAGACACGGCACCCGAAACAAAAAUAGGCCCAGCAAAGGGAGCAAUUGGUACCACUUCGCUGGCGGAGGAAAGCCAAUAGACCACUGGUCCACCUUUAUGUACAUACCAUCACACCUCUCAAUAUACCCUGUAAAGCACAUAUCCCAGCUCUAUAUAACAAAGUACAAGUAUCGAUUGGACAUCGCCGAUUUCACGUCCGACGGAACUGCAAGAUGCCAAUAAGAUCCUAGGUCUGGAGCAAACGCGAA